AUGAUUAUAUUACCAUUGUUUUUGUUAUUAGUUAUCUCAUCAAAUUUUGCGGAAAAUUCUGAAUCAUUUUGUCGAUUUUGUAUAGCACUUAUGGAGAGUUUCAAAGAGCAAGUUGAAAUAAACCCAAAAUUUGGACAGGAGCAACAAGAAUCGUGCAAAGAAAUAGCGAAGAAAUAUAAAUUAACUAUAACCUGUGAUUCAGAAUAUAUGAAUGAAGUUUUACGUAAAUUAAAAACUAUGAAUGCUGAAAAAAUAUGUGAAAAUGAAAAUUUAUGCAAAAAUGGCGAAAAUUUUGAAGAAAAUAUCGAAGAUCGAAGAGGUAUUCCCGAUUUCCCAUUUAUUCCCGAAGUAUCAAAAAUAAGCCCAGAGCGAAUGAUGCAAAACGAUUUAAUACGAAAAUUAAUUGAUAUUAUCGAAGGAAAAGAAGAUGAUCGGAACGCUCAAAAUCUAACAUUUCAUAUUGACCUAAAAUUUAAAGUACCAGAUAGAGUUAAUACUGGAUAA